AUGAGUUGUAUUACUUCAGUCAAGGGCCUCACUUUAUGUUUACCAACUUCAAAGGAGGUGUAUCCUACUGUCUUCCACAGUCUUGUAGUUUUAAAGCUAUGCACAUGUCAGGCAGAGUGGUUGAAUCUACUUCUGUGUAUGCUCAGAGGUUGCCCUAAUUUACAAUCUCUAAGAUUCUUCCAGUGCCAUAACCCUCAUGCUUCCAAACCACGUCCUUGUUGGAAAGAACCAAGUUCGGUCCCUUGGUUUUUGUUAUCGAGUCUUAAAAUUCUGACAUGGGCAAACUAUGAAGGAAGAGAAGAUGAGAAACAAGUGGCAGCAUUCAUCUUAAGAAGUGCAAUUUUUUUUAAAGAAGGCGACUAUCUCCUCCAAAGCAACAGACCCCAAGGAGAAACUAGAGAUGAUCAAGGAAUUGUCAUCCUCGCCCAGGCGCUCACCUACAUGUCAGCUCAUAUUUGUCUGAAGUUAUCGUUAGACUUGUUCAGCAAGUCAACUAACACCUGGGUCAAUUCUGGCUCCUCAGCUUUGUUUUGGCACGAAGAUUUGACGAAUUUGGGGCCUUUGAUAGAGUUAACGGGAGCUAAUGGUCCUAGAGUUACAGGAAUUCAUAAGCUUGCUACGGUUAAUCAAGUGUGUGUAGGAGGAAGACAUCCGAUACUUCGGUUGUUGAGAGAUUGUCUUCCGCCAGAGCUCCCUACGGCUCUUAAUUCGGACCAGGAUGUGUACUUGUGGAAGAACUCCCUCGACUCUGAUCCAGGCGAAUUCUCAACUGCAGGAACAUGGAACUUCCUACAUCCCUCUCCCCCAUCUUUGCCUUGGGCUAGUAGUGUUUGGUUCAAGGAUGGAAUCUCUAAGCAUUCUUUUAUCCUCUGGGUAAUAAUGAGAGGUAGACUUGUAACAAGAGAUCGUCUACUUUCUUGGGGUCUCAGUGUUCCAAGUAACUGUCUGCUCUGUAACUCUUCCCCGGAAACAGCGAAUCAUGUUCUUACUGAGUGUGGUUUCUCUGAGGAAAUUUGGAGGAGACUGUUCCACCAUCAUACCUUCUCGCUCCCUGGUUCCUUGAUGGAAAUUGUGUUGUGGUGUCGCUCAGCUUCGGGAAACAGUAAGGUCAACACAAUUUCCUUGUUGUUGGUUCAGGCUAUUGUGUACUGUCUUUGGAAAGAGCGGAAUGCAAGACUUCAUACUUCGACGGCAAAAACGGCGGACGUUAUUAUUAAGGAAAUCCAUCUUCUCUUAAGAGCAAAACUCUUUGGUCUGGAUAGAGAGACAUCCUCUCAAUCAAGACCAGUAGGUUCCUCUUCCUCUUCUCAGCAAACUUCCUUUCUUUCCACUUGGUUUACCUUCUUCCAAGUGUAA